AUUCACUCUAACUGGUCUCUCACAGUACGUACUACAUGGAAAUUCAAUUAUUUUAGUAAAUAUAAACUGCUAAAUACCUUUUACCUUCUAUCAGUUUUCAUCAGAGCAUUAGUUAAAGCUUGUAGGAGGAGUUAAAGCUUUCUAAGCAAGGAGGAUGCAGAACCCCUGACCUCUGUCUGGACAGUGCUCAUUGGCCCUGUGCUGAUCACAUGUACUCUCCCAAGAAAAAAACCUCUCUAGCAAUAGAAACCAAACUGAGCAUGUGUAGAAUGACUCCAUACGAUAUGUCUUCUCAGGAGAUAAGAGGGGGAUACUGGAAGAAAGGAAAGAUCAGAGAAGACAGGAUCAAACAGCCUUUAUACACAAUGCAGUGGAUUAACCCCUUAGGUUUCACAGUGAGUAUAACAAACAUGCUUUACUGCAAAUACAGACUGAUUUUAUCGUUGUGGGUUUAG